GCAGCUAAGCCAGAGAUGACGAAGAUGGAUAGUGUUGCCGGCGACGGUGACUGUGGGUUAACGCUGAAAGAUGGAGCCAACGGCGUCCUCAAGGCACUGAAAGAGGGGAAAGUGUCAGGCGAGGAUGUCGUCGGUAGCGUGAUAGCUAUUUCCAAAGUUGCCGAAGAGGCCAUGGGCGGAACCAGUGGUGCCUUCUAUUCGUACGUGAUCUUCUCGGCACUCGCCCAAGGUCUUGCGGAUACCUCAACUCUCGCCACUGCUGAUAUCUGGAGCAAUGCGCUUAAUGCUGUCCUCGAUCGGCUUGAUACCUACACCCGCGCCCGUCCGCCGUCACGCACGCUCGUGGAUCUUCUUGCGGCCUUCACUGAGGCUCUCCCGUCUGGCCUUGAAGUAGCCGUCAACGCUGCCAAGGAAACUGCGGAGAAGAUUAGUGACCUCGAGGCUAAGGCGAGGCGCAAUGCGUGUGUCGAAGGUAGGAGGUUCAGAGCAGAGAGGAUUCCUGACUCAAGUACGUGGGACAUCAAGGUGGUGAUCGAUGCUCUUAUUCGCAGGUUCAAAGUAAUGAAGUGCUGCACAUGA